AAUUUGUCAGUUGAAUUUGAAUACAUUCUGAAAUCCAAAAAUAUGUGGUGCAUGCAAACAUGUUAAUGCGAAGUCGGAGUCACAGCAACGUCAGAGUUCCACUAAUGGUAAUGGUAAUGAUUGUGUCAGGCCUGCACCAAGUGUGUGGCACUGACGGACGAACUGGUGGCAAUGAAGCUUCUUUGAUCUUGCAAAAGCUGCGGCGAGAUCAAGAUGACUGGCUUGCCUCGCCGCCGUUUAAUGUCAGAAAACCAGUAGAGAGGACCGAGAGCUUGUUCCAGCAGCUCGAGGAAUUCGAUCGAUUAGAUGAUACGAAAGAAUCCGCACCUGCGAAGGACAUUGAAUCCAUCUGGGGCUUCGGUCUCAAAUCGAGCCCCGCCCAGAGGUUGGAGGAGAAACCGAAAGAGACGAGGCUGAACUACUUGCUUAACUAUUCAAGUGCAAAGGAAGUUCCGAUGGGGCCGGCGAUGAAGCACGAGAGCGCGCAGCAGCGGGAGCAACUGGAACAGCGUCACCGGCAAAUGGAGCACUUCAAGAACGCUGCUGCCGAUCUGGCGUUUGAGCGAAUGAUGAACAUGCAGAGAGAACGGACCGAGGGCGCAAAGUCUGUGUUUCUUCCCCUGUUUUCCGCUGCAAAACCUUCUGGGGCAGGACCUCUGGCCAAACCCGUUCCUGCAAAACCCUCAAAUGGAAAGUUCCAUCCCAUGUUUUCCGCUGAAAAACCUCCUGCGGCGUGGCCUUCUCUGGCCAAACCUGUUGCAGCAAAGCACCCAAUUGGAAAGAUCUUUCCCCUAUUUCCCGCAGCAAACCCUUCUGGGGCGAGGCCUUCUUGGGUCAAAACUGUUCCGGCAAAACCCACAAAUGGAAAGAUGCCCCCGCCUUGGUCGCCAGCGUCGCCCCGUCCAGGCACCUGUCCGGCAACGACUUUUCGGCCACCUACAACAACAAAACCUCGCUUCGGGGACUCCGCCAAGUCUAAGCCUAAGCCCAGCCAACCCCAAAAGGGCCCACCCAAACCGUUGACGCCGCCGUCCAGGGCAAAGUGCAAGCACGGUAAGCAAAAGAAGAAGAAGCCGCAGGUUAGUGCAUCCUCAGCAAUGCGGCUCGAGCAAAUGAUCCUGGCCAUGAAGCAGCAUGCCCUGUCCAUCCUCAAGAACCUGAACUACCUGGAAAUGGAGGUGCUCAGCCAAUCGCCAAACACCUGUUCUCGUCACCAGUCGAAGGGGAAAGGAAAUGGCGCCAUUCCGAAGAAGAAAACAAAAACCGGCGAGCGGCUGGACAGACCCACACAACCGUCCAGGGCACAGUCGAAGCUUCAUCGUGGCUUUUUCUUCGGCAUUCGACCGGCGAACGCCAAGGAGAGAUUGACAGACUUGGCCGCCGCUCGUGAAGAGGAGCUCAAGCUCAGGGGAAAGGUGUGGCGCGAGCACCUCCAACGACUGAUGGCCAGAAAGCGGCCCUUCUUUAAGCCAAAGCGGUACGAGGAAGCCCCAGCCGCAGCCGCUCGUCUAGAGCCCGUAGAACCAAAGUCCGCCGUCGACACGCAACUCAACCUCAAGUCGCUGAGUAUGCUGCUGAAGUCGCGACCAACUUCAGCUCCAUCACAGUCCGUGGAAGAUCCUGCUGGUCGCAUGCCAGUGUCCUCUGGAAUCAAUCCCAUCCAGGCCAAGCAGCUGAAGACCACCGAGCACCAUCCCACGCGGAGGAGGAAAAAGAAGAAGAAAAUGAUGUUAGCUCUACGGCCGACUGAUAACCAAAUGCGAGGUUGAGCAACCUUU